UUCAGAUUAUAGAUCAUGUACAUAAGUUUGUAAAGAAUAGAAACAAAUUGAGAAAAAAAAAACGUAAUUUUAUUCUAAUAAUUGUCUUUGUUGGUUAUUUAAAUAAACUGUAACAAGUUUUUACAUAAGUGUUGUACGAGCUCAGUUAUUUGUGUGUGUGUGCAUAAAAUUGUUGACUGUUGUGUGCAUCAAGAUUGUAAAUUUUUGAUUCUAACCUCAAAAAAAAAGAAAUGGCCGGAAAAGCAACGGCAAAAAAGGCGCCGAAGAAAAAAGGAGCAAAUGGAUAUAAAUUGCCUGAUCCAAUUCCAAAAGGUGAAAUUUUAACUGAUUUAAUGAAAAGACAAUGGAUUAUUAGCAGUUCAAUUGGAGUUGGCGGUUUUGGUGAAAUUUAUUCAGCUGCGCCUUAUUUACCAGGCAAAACACCAAAAGAUUAUCCAAAUGUCAUUAAAAUAGAACCACAUGGAAAUGGACCAUUAUUCGUGGAAAUGCAUUUUUACAUGAGAAAUGCUAAAUCAGAUGACAUCGAAUCAUGGAGGAAGAAAAAGAAACUCUCCUUCAUUGGAAUGCCACGAUUUCUUGGUUCUGGAAGUCAUGAAUGUCACAAUACAAAAUAUCGUUUUGUCGUUAUGGAACGUUACAGUACAGAUUUAUGGAAAUUAUUUUUGGAGAAUAAUCGAAUUUUUCCCGAGCAUACAGUUUAUCAAAUUGGCUUGCAAAUUAUUGACUCUUUAGAAUAUAUUCACAGUCGAACUUACGUUCACGCUGACAUUAAGGGAGGAAAUUUAUUACUCAAUCGUGAAAAUGAGAAUCAAGUUUAUCUCGUUGAUUUUGGUUUGGCGUCGCAUUAUACAACAAAACCGGAUUAUAAAUUAGAUCCAAAAAAAGCGCACAAUGGAACUAUUGAAUAUACGAGUCGCGAUGCUCACAUGGGAGUGCCAACAAUGCGUGGUGAUAUGGAAAUUCUCGCCUACAAUUUAAUUCAAUGGAUUUGUGGCGCAUUGCCUUGGGAAAAAAAUUUAACCGAUCCAUCAACAGUACAAAAGCAAAAAGAAGCGGCCUUCAACGAUACGGGUAAAUUUUUGAAACAAUGUUUUGUCGAUUCAAUUAUUCCCGUGGCAAUAUCACAAUUUAUUGGACAAUUGUCAAAAAUGAAAUUCAAUGACACGCCCGAUUAUGAAAAAUUUAAACAAACAUUAAUACAGGGUUUAAAGACACUUGGUAAAAUGCCAGGUGAUAAAUUAGUGUUUAACGGCGGUAAAAUAUUGGGAAAAGUUGCAACAACAAUGAAGGAAACAAAAGAAACGACGAAGGCAACGAAAAUACCUGUUGAGAAAAAAGUUACGCGUCUACCAAAGAAAAUUACAAAUGGUGCGAGUGUAUCGGCAAUACCGAGAAAAAUUGCAGCACUCAAGAGAUUAAGUUCUGAGGCAAAUUCAUUGAAUGAUUCAAUGGAAAUAAUGAAUAAUUCAUGUAUUAGUGGCGAUGAUGUGAUGAAAAAAGUUUUGGCUAAUCUUGAUCCAGGCGCUGAAUAUGAGGUGCAAAUAAAACGUAAAAAACGAAUUGUCAAAGAUGAUGAUAAGAGUGUGACGCCAGUGAAAAAAACGAGUGGAAAAACAAAUGCUGGAUCGUCUACUAAACGAAUUGUGAAAGAGAGGAAAAAGACUCGAAAACAAUUGGAUUCUGAUUCAGAUACUGAGAUUAUCAGUGUUGGAACGAGAUCGAGACCACGAGGAAAAGCGACACCGAGAACAAAAAAGAAUUCAAGUCUCGACUCCGAAAAAGAUAUGUUUGAUGAUUAAUGAUAAUGAUGUUAAUAGAGAAAAAUCGAGGAAGAGGCUCUUUCAAGGAAAGUAUAAAAGAAAUUUUAUUAAAAAAAAAAAAGAAAAAACAAUCAUAAAGUUUUCCGGAAAAACUUUGUUUCGAUCAUUGCAAAUAAUUUAUCAGUAUUUUUUUCCUUAUAUAUUUUUCUCUUCAAAAAAAAAUGUGGUCGUUUAAAUGAGAGGAAUUUUUUCACAUUCCACGAUGUUUAUGACUUUUAAGUAACUAAUAAUAAUAAAGAAAAAAUAAAAAAAAAA